AUGGCGGAUUCCAUUGGCCUGGCCAAGACCGCAGUGAACAACCACCGAACGCUGCCACCAAAUGCAGCCGUGCAAAAGGCAAUACACGACUAUAUCCUUAACCUCGAAACGAAGCUCAGAGCCCUUAAUAAGUAUAUCCACGAGAAUCCGGAGCUAGCGUACAAGGAGCAUAACGCCCAUGAUGCCAUCUGUGACUUCCUGGAAGGCCUCGGCUACCAGGUAAUGCGACAUGCCUACGGCUUGGAAACGGCAUUUGAGGCCAUUAGCGGGAAGGGUGGCAGAACAGUCAAUUUCAACGCAGAAUACGAUGCACUUCCGGAAAUGGGCCACGCCUGCGGCCAUAAUCUCAUUGCCACGGCCAGUGUGACUGGGUUCAUUGCUCUCUCUUAUGCCCUAAAGCAGUUCGGAAUCGAUGGGCGGGUGCAACUCCUUGGUACACCGGCUGAAGAAGAUGGAGGUGGAAAAAUUGUUCUACUCAAUGCAGGAGCGUAUGAGAAGGUGGAUGUGUCACUGAUGAUGCAUCCGAUGUCGGAUGCCGAUUACACAGACAAAGGCGUCUUGGGGUCUGCAGGGUUCUCAUCCGUCGCAUCCUACAACUUGCAAGGCACCUACCAUGGCGUUAGUGCCCAUGCCGGAGUCAUGCCGUGGGGGGGCGUCAAUGCGUUAGAUGCUCUAGUUUCAACCUAUGUCAACAUUUCGAUGCUGCGACAGCAAAUUGAGCCCACGGAGAGAAUCCAUGGUGCUGUUGUUGAAACCCCAAAGGUCACCAGCAAUUCCAUCCCGACGCUUACAAAGACUCAUUAUACGACAAGAAGCCCCACGGUUAAAGGUGCAAGGACCCUUGGAGACAGAAUCCGUCGGUGCAUGGAGGCUGGCGCGCUUGCUACCGGUUGUAAGUUGGACAUUGAAGAGAUGUGUGGGUACGCCGAACUGCGCGUCAAUGAACCUCUGUGCAACUCAUUCCAGCAACACAUGGCCGCAAAUGGCCUAGAAAUCCUCAAAUCUGAGGGGGUUAUUGGCGCAGCAACAGACCAGGGCAAUGUUUCCUACGCGGUACCCGCCCUGCAUGCAUCUAUCGGUAUUCCGGUGGAUGAUGGAUCUAAGAACCACACCGCCGGGUUUACCAAGGCAGCAGGAACUGCUGUGGCGCAUGAGAGGACGGUGGUGUCCGGGAAGGCAAUGGCCAUGACUGGCUGGGACAUAAUCACCAACGAUGCGCUGUAUGAACAAGUCAAGCAGGACUUUGAGAGGGACAAAAAGCUCCGGUAG